GACUCUCUGGGAGGGGAAGCAGAACAAACUGUAAGCUGCUGGGGGAUCCAUCUUGCUCGAAAAAGGGACGAAGGUGAAUUGUAUUUCAGUCUGGUGUGUGAAAAACUGUUUCGUUCCCCGUUGUUCGCGCUGGGGAGCCCGAGGAGGGGCUGUGCCGCUGUUUGUAGGAUGUCCCGACAUGAGGGUGUGAGCUGUGAUGCGUGUUUAAAAGGGAACUUUAGAGGAAGACGGUUCAAGUGUUUAAUUUGCUACGACUACGACCUGUGUGCAUCGUGCUAUGAGAGUGGAGCCACAACAACAAGACACACAACAGAGCACCCCAUGCAGUGUAUAUUAACCAGGGUAGACUAUGACUUGUAUUAUGGAGGAGACACUUUUUCAGUAGAACAACCUCAGUCGUUCACCUGUCCUUACUGUGGCAAAAUGGGCUUCACAGAGACGUCCCUACAGGAGCACGUCACCUCAGAACAUGCAGAGACAUCAACAGAAGUGAUAUGUCCCAUAUGUGCUGCCUUGCCAGGGGGGGACCCCAACCACGUCACAGACGACUUCACGGCUCACCUCACACUUGAACACAGAGCGCCAAGAGAUUUAGAUGAGUCCAGCAGUGUUCGACAUGUACGUAGGAUGUUUCACCCUGGACGAGGUCUGGGUGGGCCCAGAGCACGGCGGACAAAUAUGCACUUUACUAGCGGCUCCACGGGAGGACUUUCAUCCUCAUCCUCACAGAGCUCUACUUAUACCCCCAGUAACAGAGAAGCAAUGGACCCGAUAGCAGAGUUGUUGUCUCAGCUGUCGGGUGUGCGGCGUGCAGCGGGGGGUCAGAUCAACUCAUCGGGGCCUUCGGCAUCCCAGCUCCAGCAGCUCCAGAUGCAGCUGCAGUUGGAGCGGCAGCAGGCUCAGGCGGCGCGGCAGCAAGUCGAGACGGGCCGCCACACGACACGGCGCGGCAACAACCCGGGCAACACUGGCACCACCAUCCCUCCACCCAGCACUGCAGCCGCCAACGCUGCCACCAUGGGCGAAAGCAACCCCUCGUCCUCGUCCCACAACUCCCAGUUCCUAUUAGCACGGUUGAAUGAACCUAAGAUGUCAGAAGCUGAGCGGCAGUAUCUAGAAGCGGAGCGCGCCGACCGCAGCCUGUUCGUCCAGGAGCUGCUGCUGUCCACCCUGAUGCACGAGGAGAGCUCCUCCUCAGACGAGGACGAGCGCCGAGACUUCGCCGACUUCGGAGCCAUGGGCUGCGUGGAUAUCAUGCCUUUAGACGUGGCGCUGGAGAACCUCCAGCUCCGAGAGGGCAGCUCUACGGGGAAGGAGCCUCCGCCGCCUCCUCUUUGAUGUCCGAGCAUCCAGCAGACUGUGUCCUCUGUGCUGCAACUGUCAGUGAUGGGCAGCCAACAGCAGCGUACCCCCCCUCCUGUACCCCCCCACCCCCACCCACCCCAGCCUCGUCUCUCCCUCCUCGAUUUUCUGAGUUUGUUUUCGGUGAUUGUAAUUUCAGGCCUGUCACCAUUUUUGUUACAUUAUAAGCAAAAAAUAAAUGAGAGCAAGUGGGAUAAAUGUGCGAGUGCGCAAUAGCAACUGAGUGAGCGAAAGAAGAGAAAUAUAUAAAAAUAUAUAUUAAAAAUAUAUAUGAAGUUGAUAAUCAAUCCACAUAAGGUUUUUUCUUUAUCAGGUAAAUGUUACAGGCGGCCGUGGCAGACCUGUGCUUCCUGUGACAUGCAAAUGGCUCUCCUUAUAAAUACUUCACAUUCAGAACUCGAGGGCACAGGCUCCUCUAAUGAAGCUGCUGUGUGUGUUUAUGACUAUUAACAAAUAAAAGUGCUUGGAUGGGUUACCAUAACUACUGCAUGCAGUUAUUUGCGGCGUGCAUGACAUUUUAAUGACCUUGUCAUUAAAAGUUUUUUUUAAAAAUAUCCCAAAAGUUUCAGCUGUUUUUAAAUGGUUAUUACUAAAACGGUAAAAGUGUUUGGAAAUCAGGUCGUUUUACAAAAACUGACAAGCUGAAAUGAACUCUAACAAUAUUGUUUUUGUUAGGUUUUUCUUUUUAAAUUCUGAAUGAAUACAUAUUUGAUGAAGAGAAAAUUGGAUAGUGCAGUAGCUUCUGCAGAUUCGCUGCCGUGUGUGGGUGUGUCAGCUCCAGAUUGGCCUUUCUGUGCCGCUGAUGCUCAGCGUAGACGUGGACUUCUGCUGCUGUAGGCGGCUCAGGUCCGACUGGAAAAGAACGCCAGUCUGUUUUCACGCAUCAAAAGAAAAACUAGGAAGACAAGAAAAUAAAGUUCACCUCUGGAUUUUUUCCCCUGGAUGUUAAUGUUUUAGUGAUUAGCUGUGUAAGCACCAUAAACUUUAUAAUUUAUAGAAAUGUGCAGACGCCCUACUCUCGUCUAUUGCUCCUUCACACUGUUUUCUCACUUUGAACCGCUUACGUACAGGCCGUGUUCCAACACACGCUUUAGACGCCUCGUACGACUUUCUUUGCUGGGUACCGGGAGCUUGAGACUUUUCCACAUUACAGUUUUUUUUUUCUGUUUUCUUUUUUAAAAGAUUUUUUUUUUCUGCUAAGGUUAGCACUUUCUAUUUAUUCAUGUUUAUUUUCUGAUUCUUUUUGAGCCUUGAUAUCAAUCAUGCCACCUUCAUGCCUAUACUUUGACCCUCUAUGUAAUAUACAAUGAGAUGUAUAUUGAAUUUGUGCGUUAACUUUCAUAAAGGUUCUAAGACAUGGGCAAGACUUUUUUUUAAAACUGUAAAUUUAGAUUACAAUAAAUAUAAACUGCGCACAGCUUUUGAUGAAAGCAAGAGCCCAUCA